CUAUAGACUUCGAAGGACCAUGUGAGGCCCAUAAGCAAGCAAUGAGUGAAGGCAAGGGUCCAUGUUCGGCCUCGUCCCACUCAAGUUCAGCCUCAUCUCACUCAAGCUUGACCUUAUCACUUACGGGCUUUGCAACUAGGCUCAUUGGCAUCAAGAGAUUUUAAGGGAGAAGGUCCAAACACGGCUAUGAGCACCCUAGGGAUUGAGCUCGGCCAUAAGCACCCCAAAGGCGAGGGACUAGGGGGUUCGGAGUACACCCUAUGACAAAUGACAUUCCACAUUUGCCCAUUGUCUCCGGAUGAGCAAUAGCCAUGUUGGCCUUAUUACUCUCUUUACUCUUAUCCGCUCCCGUCUUCGCCGCCGAUCACUUCCUUCUGAACUGCGGCGCCUCCAUAAACCAACGGUUCGGAGAUCGUCUCUGGGAAACGGACACUGCCCACAAACAAUUCCUCCCCCCAAACGCCGCCGACAUAUCCUUAACUUCCACCGCCGCCGCAGAGCAGGGCCCUUCCGUUCCGCAGGUACCCUACACCACCGGCGUUCGAUUCUUCACUUCCCAGUUCACCUAUUCCUUCCCCGUCUCCGCGGGCCCCAAAUUCCUCCGCCUCCACUUUUACCCGGCCCAGUACAUCGACGGCGGCGGCCGGUUCGUCAAAACAGAGUCUUUCUUCUCCGUCACGGCCGGUUCCUACACCCUCUUGAGUAACUUCAGCGCCUAUCUCACAGUCUCCGGCGUUGACCCGCCGGUCGUGUUCAGAGAAUUUCUGGUCAACGUCGACGAAACGCUGAAAAAGCUCGACAUUACAUUCACUCCUUCUCCGAAAUCUUAUGCAUUUGUCAAUGGGAUCGAAAUCGUGUCGAUUCCGGCCGGAUUUUACAUUCGGGGAGAAGAUGAUACCGGGGAACACCCGAUUACAUGGGUCGGGUCAUCCGGAACUCCGUACUACAUCUCCGACAACACUGCCCUGGAGACUCUGUACAGGUUCAAUGUCGGGGGCAAAACGGUCUCUCCCUACGAGGACUCCGGGAUGUUCAGGACGUGGUAUAGCGACGACGAUUACGUGGUCGGUUAUGGAUACCAGACACCGUCGUUGGAUGUCAACGUCAGCUACACCCCGUCGGCGCCGGCGUACUCUGCUCCGGCGAGUGUUUAUACCACGUCAAGAACGAUCUCGAAUCACAGUAACGCUGUCAAUUGGACCUUUCCAGUUGAUUCCGGGUUUAUUUACCUGUUCCGGCUCUACUUGUGUGAGUUUAUGCAGGAAAUAACUAUGGCGAAUCAGCGGGUUUUCACGGUGGACAUUGAGAACACCACCGCGGAGGCGCAUAUGGAUGUUUUUAUGAUGGCUGGGGGCUCGAGAAUCCCGAUUUUUAAGGACUACGCCGUUCAGGUGCCGGAGACGGACGGUCUCCGACGGGGAAAACGGGACGUUUGGUUCGCGAUAAGGCCCAACAUGGAAUCCCAAUCCGUGUGGGCGAAUGCAAUUUUAAAUGGGUUGGAGAUUUUCAAGCUGAAUGACACGACGGGAAGCUUUGCAGUGCCCAAUCCCGAGCCUCCCGUCGUGGCCUCGGUAAACCAAUCGCCGCCGCCGCCUCAGGCUCGAUCUAACAAGAAAGUCAAGAGAAAAGCCUGGAGCGUAAGCGGUGGUGUAGCGACGAUAAUGUUGCUAGUGUUAUUGGGAUUCUUGAUUUUCCAGCACCGGAGGAGGAGAGUGAGAGACUCGCCAUCCGACAUGGCGAGCCAUGCCACCAAGACGUCAUGGGCGCCAUUGUCGCCCAUGUCAGCAUCCACACAAACCUCUGGUUUCUCCGCCACCUCCUCCUUACCGAGCGACCUCUGUCGCCACUUCUCCCUAGAGGAUCUCAAGUUUGCCACAGACAACUUCGACGAGAGCCUCGUCAUUGGGAGAGGAGGGUUCGGAAAGGUGUACCGGGGACUCAUAGACAACGGGGCAACCCCCGUCGCUAUAAAGCGUCUGAACCCAGAAUCCAGUCAAGGAGUCCGGGAAUUCAGAACCGAGAUCGAAAUGCUCUCGAAACUGAGACACGUCCACCUAGUUCCCCUCAUCGGGUACUGCAACGACGGUGGGGAGAUGAUCAUCGUCUACGACUACAUGUCGCGGGGAACGCUCCGCGACCAUAUCUACAAAUCCCCAAAUCCGCCUCUUCCCUGGAAGAGGCGGCUGGAGAUUUGUAUUGGCGCCGCGAAGGGGUUGCAUUACCUUCACACCGGCGCCAAAUACAGCAUCAUUCACCGGGACGUGAAGUCUACGAAUAUCUUGCUCGACGAUAGAUGGGUGGCUAAGGUUUCGGAUUUCGGGCUGUCGAAGGUGGGCCCGCUCGGCGGGGCCGAAACCCACGUCAGCACUGCGGUCAAGGGGAGCAUAGGGUAUGUUGAUCCGGAGUACUAUAGACGGCAACAAGUGACGGAGAAAUCGGACGUUUAUUCCUUCGGGGUUGUCUUGUUUGAGGUCCUCUGUGCACGGCCGGCGGUCGUGGCGUCGCCGAUAAAGGAAAGAGUGAGUUUAGCGGAGUGGGCCCGGCAGUGCUACCGGAGAGGAUCAGUGGAGGAGAUGGUGGACCCCAGGCUGACGGGGGAGAUUGCGGCGGAGUGUUUGAACACCUUCGCGGAGAUCGCGUGCAACUGCCUGAAGGAUCAGGGGAUCGAACGCCCGGCGAUGAGCGACGUCGUUUGGAGCCUGGAGUUUGCAUUGCAGCUCCAGGAAGCGGCGGAGAAGAGCAUGGGGUAUGGUGGCGCCGGAGUCGACGGCGUAUCCCUGCCGAACAGCCCGUCUUAUCCCCUGCUCGAAAAGGGAGAGUCGUCAAUCACGGUGGGUACGACGGCAGAUGACGACGGCGGGUUCCUCUCGACGUCGGAAGAAGCUGCGGCGAUGUUUACCGGCAGCCGUACUGUUACGUCCACGGCGAGUAGCAGCCGGUUCCAGUCUGAUAAUGUUUUUUCGGUAAUUACUGACCAAAUGGGACAGAAGCUCACUGAUUCAAAUUAUCCUGCAUGGUCUCUCAAUGUCAAAACUGCUCUCGAGGCCAACCUUCUUCUUGGUUGGAUCGAUGGUCAUGAAGCUGCGCCUCCAAAAAUCCUAUCCAAGGAUGGCAAGGAAAACCCUAACCCAGAAUUCCAAACAUGGAUUGUGAUUGAUACUCAGAUACGUGCAUGCCUUCUUGUCGUCAUCAGUCCGUCUGUUCACAAGCAUGUCCGCAACUUCACCACAUCUGCCGAUCUAUGGAACGCUCUCGCUGCCCGGUAUAAUUCUGUUUCUACCACUCACAUCUAUCAACUACGGGACAAACUUCACACACUCCGAAAAGGUACAAAAACUAUCACCCAGUACCUUGAUGAAGUUGCCACUAUCCUCACCGAUUUGGAUGCUCUCAACGAGGUUAUUCCUGAGAGAGAUGUGGUGAAUGCUGUUAUCCGAGGCCUCCCUCAUGAAUAUUCCUCCUUCAAGCAAAAUAUACGGAUGAACAAUGAGAAUAUAAGUCUCAAUCAACUCUCUGGAUGGCUAACCUCUGAAGAAAAAAAUCUUUAAAUCGAGCAAAAAUUGAGAAAGCAAAAGACCGAUGAGUUCCUCAGUUCCAGACUCUUCGGCUCUUCGAGUCUUCGGUUCCUCCGCAGCGUCUAACGGAACUUUUUCUCAUCUUCCCAGCGAUUCAUCCUCUUUUUAUAUCGCAAAUCAGCCCUCUUCUUUCCUUUGCCGAUUAAUUCCUCAAUUUCUUCUUAUUUGAAUUAAUAAGAGUUUGAAGGCUAUAGCUCAUCAUUCAUCAAAGAUAUCAAGAUUUGAAAUUCCUCUCUUCAUCCAUUUCUGUCUACUGCAGUGUUGCACACUCUAUUUGCUUAUCCCAGGUUUUAUUGUUUCUUCAUAUAUUUAAUUCUAAUAUGCCUCCUAAAAUAAGAAAAUAUGAAUCUAGGUAUGCAAAACGUAAAGCAGUCGAGAGAUCCCGCUCCUUUUUUAUAUUCUAGAGCCUUGAAUUAUUGAGUUGUACAGGGCCACCUUAAUUGAUUGGGCGGCACUGCCUGCCGGCACCAGUCACUCGUACCUUUCUAUAGCUACUUCGUACCUUUUUAAAUACAAGCGUAAUACAAGUAUCACUAAAGUGUAAAGUGAGCCGCCCACUGGACACUUUCCGAAUCUUGAUGCGAAACUUGUUUAGUUACCACUUUCUUAGCUAGCCUAAUUAAUUGUACUCCCUCCGUCCCAAAAAGUCUAACACGUUUCGAAAAAACUGUGUCCCAUAAAGUCUAUUACAUUUCUAUUAAAAAACCACUUUUACCCCUUACUUUUUUUCAUAUCCUACCUAUCACAUCAUACCUUUUUCCUAAUAAUCUACCCAUCACAUCCUACUUUACCCAUCACAUCAAGGGUGUU